CAUUUUACAUAGAAUGCGGUAUCGCCGGUAAAAACCGUCGCAUAGUAGGCGGGUCUGCAGUGCAACCACACCAGUAUCCGUGGCUGGUGUCGCUAAUGCUCGGACAGAAGCUGCAUUGCGGGGGCGCCAUCAUCACCGACCUUCAUAUCCUGACAGCCGGACAUUGUAUUACCUUCGGGGUACAUUUCCGAGAUUUGACGGUUAACGUGGGGAUGCACGACCGACUGAGUUCAUCAUUCUCCGUGUUCUCCGUGAUAAAGGGUGAAAAACAUCCUAACUUCAAGUCGAACGCGGUGAGAGAUAUAAACGACAUCGCUGUUCUGACGCUGGACAAACGAUUGAAGUUCUCUGAUAAAGUGCAGCCGAUCUGUUUGCCGAAUGAAAAUAUCGAAUUCAGUGACAUAGUGCUAACGGUAGCUGGAUGGGGUAAAACUAGACAAGGUGCGUUGACCUCGUCGAGAUAUCUUCAAGAAACCAAAGUCAAACAAGUCGAUUCAGACGAAUGCACUAAAUCAACUAUAUACAAAGAUAACCUUGUCCCGGAGGCAAUGAUGUGUGCUUACAAUCUUGGGAAGGAUGCGUGUCAGGGAGAUAGUGGAGGACCAUUAUUUUCAACUCAUCCAGUUACUCACAAUUCGAAAUGGUACCAAGUCGGAAUAGUAUCAUGGGGUAUAGAUUGUGCUAUGCCUGGUUACCCAGAAUGCGGGAAGCCGUCGGAUUCAGUUUUCUCUAUGAGAAUCGUGGGGGGCAGGAGAGCGGAGCCCCAUUCAUACCCAUGGACUGUAGCCAUCAUAAACAACGGUCGCAUGCACUGCGGGGGCGCACUGAUCACUACUAAGCAUAUACUCAGCGCUGGACAUUGUUUUAAAUGGGACUCCAUACGAGAUAUGAUAGUUCUUAUCGGUUUGGACAACAUGGACGAUUUGUCUACCGUUGAAAAACGUAACAUAUCGUCGGUGGUCAUCCACGAGCAGUUUUCAUCGACAGCUCUACGAGACGAAAAUGAUAUAGCAAUAGCUACUUUGAAUGCUUCUGUACCAUUUGGAGACACGAUUGCACCAAUAUGCUUACCGAAUCCAGGGCAAAGUUUCGGUGGUUACGUUGGCACUAUAGUGGGCUGGGGACGAAUAGGAGUUGAUAAAACUUCAUCAAGAGUUCUCAUGAAGGCGUCACUAAAGAUACUUUCUGACGAAGAUUGUAUGGCGUCUAAACUGGCAGACCAUCUCAAGCCAAUGAUGAUGUGUGCUUUUUCUAAAGGAAAAGACGGCUGUCAGGGGGAUAGCGGAGGCCCGCUUUUGGUUUAUGACACAAAUGGAAGAUAUGUGCAAGCAGGUGUCGUUUCAUGGGGAAUUGGUUGUGCCGAUCCGAGAUAUCCAGGAGUGUAUACUAAAGUUAGUUACUUCAUUGAUUGGAUUCAGCGACAUUUAACUAAUGGAGAAAUGUGUGAAAAUUAA